AUGGCAGCAGGUGGCUACGGCGGUUACGGCAAGAGAAAUCAUAUUAAAAAUUUUGAUUGUCUGUGGACGAUUGUGCUAUGGGCUGGAAUACUCAGUUUGAUUCAGUCCCUGAUAUGGAUGGGUCUCAACAUAGUUGGAAUAAUCGCGUACACCUGCAAUAUGCCCAUUAAUACCUUAUUUACCUAUGGUUCACUGAUGGAAUAUGCCUUCUACACACUUUACUUUAAAGGCAACUGCAUACCCUCCGACUAUCAGCAGUUCGAUCGCACAAUGCUGGAUUCGGUGUCAACAGUGCUCUCACCAGAGGACAUCCUGAUUUGGAAUUGCGUGUACCUGGCGGUGGCGUUCUGCUGGUGUAUUACAGCGUUGUUGUUGUUGACAAUGGUGAGAAAGGACAACAUCACGCACACGAGCGUCGCCAUUUAUAGUUGGAUCGUGGCGAUAGCCUGCAUAAGUCUAAUGGACUUGGCGUUGGGCAUUAUCUUCGGCAUUGAUUAUGGUAAAUUCAAUAGGGCCGCUUACAAUUAUAAUUUGUCCAGCAUAAAUGCGGGCGCGAUCGAUCCACAGGCGGCUCAAUUGGUGGCUGGAGGCGUGGCAGCUAUAUCCUUGAUGCUCAUCUCAUUCAAAGGCUUCAUUUUGUGGCUGAUCAAUGUCGGUUUAAUGUGUUAUCUGCUAAAACUUGUUGUCGUAAUCGCCAAGGAUAAGGACCACAAUGAUACCUUAUUCAUGCCCCCGAUGACAGAUAGGGAUUCCGAUGACAUCAUAUCUAACCGUCCGCCGAUUAAAGCUUAUGAGGAAGACAUCACAACCAAAGUCUACACUAAUGACGCCUUUGUGCCGGACAAUCGUUCUGUGGUCACCGUCGAAUUGAAUCAAGAUGCUCUUGCGCGAGCUGCACGCAUGUCCUCCGAUAUCUUAACGCAGGGAGCACGCUUCCGCAAUGUGGAAGCUUACCAACAGUAUCCGCCACUACGGUUAAACAACAACAAUAACAUUGCUGCUAAUAACAACAAUCACUUCGUCAAACAGGCGUCAAUAAAUGACAACGUUACUGUCAUAGGAACAGCCAGUUCACCGGAUGUGAUAUCACCCUAUCCGGUACCGGAUUAUACGCCGCCAAUGUCGCGCGCAGCUAACGGUGGAAUACACAAUCAGCGCUACCAAUGAAUGAGUGCGUGCGAAUGAAGUUCGCUCGAAGAAACUGCAUAUCACUUCAUUGCGUCAAUUAAAUUAGCUUAAAUUAAGUGCCAUCCAUUAGCUUCAUUCCGUUAUAAUAAUUUACCUUAACUACAUGUACAUUUUUAUGCAGUGUGAGUGCUGCUCAGCGUUCGAUUAUAGUAGAACGCCGCCAUUGCAUCUCGCUCUCUAAAUCUGCCUCCGCUUUUAACUCUAGAUCAUCAAUCCGGCAAGAACUCCUGCAACACUUCUGUUCUAAAUUCACUUGUUUUCCUCAGCAAAUCAUAGCUUAACAUAUACAGAUGCAUACAUACAUACAUACAAACGCAACAAUGAACCUAU